AUGAAUAUUGAUGAUUAAGAUGAUUGGUAUGACUCUAAUCUCGAUCAAAAAGAAAUUGAAAGACAAAUAGCAUAAACAGACCAAUAAAUUAUGAUCAAUUAAUUAGAAAAAGAAGGCUAUCGGGAAGGCUUAGUACGUACGACUGAGGAGGAAGAAUAAAACUUAAUGAACAAAGGUUUUAAUGAUGGAUUCGCUGCAGCUAAACACUAAUUUAAGGUCAUAUAGACUAUUGAUUUAGUGUUAUAAAAUUAGAAAUUGUUUUCAUAGAACAUUGUACUCAAAUGUGAAUAAUUAAAAACAUUGUAAAAUUAUGAUCAAGUUGAUUUGGAUCAAUUAUUAGGAAAUUGA